AUGGAGAAGGAUCAAAAGAGUCCGUAUCAUGUUCUGACGAAAGAUGAAGUUAGGGAAAAGAUGAAGAAACAGAUCGAUGAUAUUUCUGGAGUCUUCUCGAUAUCAGAAUCCGAUGCUAUCGUACUUCUCAAGUAUCACCGAUGGGACUCGAUGAAGGUUUCAGAUUGUUUGGUUGAAAACAAGGAGAAAGCUUUGUUGGAAUCAGGUUUGAGAUCAGUUGUCCCUGAUCCCAAUGGAGAAUUAUCUCUUGUUCUCUGUUUGUUUUGCUUCAAGACUCCGAGUGAGUUUGAUGGUGAUCUAGUCUCCACGCCCUUUUGUUCUCACAACUUUUGUACAGCUUGUUGGAAUAACCAUCUUAAGAGGUUUUUCUAUCCUGCUGAGAAAAACAACCAAACUGCUAUCUCUUGUCCUCAUCCAGCUUGUCGAGCUGCUGUUGGACCGGACACCAUUGAGAAACUACCCGUACCUGAUCAAGAUAUGUACAAGAAGUAUAUUCUAAAAUCUUACCGUGAGGGAAACAAGGUAUUGGAUAUCAAAAAGUGCCCUGCACGGGAUUGCAGAUACCUCAUUGCGUUUCAGAAGGAGAACAAUGAUGAUGGUGAGGAAGAUUGUAGCUUAAACGUGGUGUGUCUCUGUGGUCAUAUCUUCUGCUGGAGAUGCAUGCUUGAGUCACACAGACCAGUGACCUGCAACAACGCUUCUGAUUGGUUGUAUAAAGAUUUGAAGAUCUUAUCGAAGGUAUCAGAUGAGUCAUCGAAGCUCUCCUCGAUUCCAGCCAGGAAAAAUGUGGUUCUCUCUCCCUCCUCGAUCAGAAGAACCAUCACAAAGACUUGCUGCCCUCAUUGUCUUCGUUCUGAGAACAUGCAUGGUAAACAGUACUCCCUGUUCGUGACUUGUACCUGCGGUGGUCGUUACUACUGGAGGUGUAUGCAGUCAGAGAAAGACCACAAAGAGGCAUCAGGAUUAUAUAAAUUAUGUAAUGUACAGAGGACAGUCGAGAGAGAAGCAGAAGUGAAGGAUUCUUGUGUGGAACACUGGAAGGCGUGUGGGGUUUUAGUAGAGAAAGCUAAAUCCGAUCUAAAAGAUUUUGAGGAAUCCAUCAUCGAGAAACCGAGUGACUUGACCGAGAAAGACAUUACGAUUAUAAGAAAAGGGCUGAUGCUGGUUCGUCAAUGUAGGCAAGUCAUUCAGUGGAGCUGUGUGUAUGACUAUUACCACGCGGAGUAUGAGACCUCUAAGAGGGAGUACCUACGAUUCUUGCAAGCAAACGCGACCUCACUUGUCGACAGUUUCGCAAAUACUCUAAAGGAGGAAAAAGAAAGAGGCUUGUCAGAUACUUCUCAAGAGUUUUGUUGCGUGAAACAUAAGGUAUCCGUCGAGACAACCGACCUUGGUAACCACUUUUACCAUUUCAUCAAGACUUUACAAGAGGGUUUGGACGAUGUGAAGGUGAAGGCCUACGACAACUACGGUGGUCUUUUUUGGUUCUGCGAUCGCUGCACUUAUGGGAACACUUGGUUCCAUAAGAAGUGUCAGGUGUGUUGUGAUGAUACUGCAGCUCCUCCGGAGCUAAGUGAUUUAUCUAUGGGAGAUGUAAUGAAGUAA